UCUUCCCCAUUCUAUCUCUCUUCCUCCCUCCUCCCUUUUCUCCUCUCUCCUCCCCAUUUUCUCUCUUCCGCCCUCCUCUCCUUCCUCUUGCAGACGCUGCAUGCCUCCGAGUGCGUGCAGAGGUCUCAGUUCAACCCCGGAAUGUCGCAUCAUCAUCAGCUUCUCCUAGCGCCCUCGUAGUUCUCUAUCUCUGUCUAUCUUUAGGACUAUAAACACUGCGAGCAGAACCCGGUAGACUGAUAACCGUUACCUGAGGGUGCUACCGAUCCCCGUGGUCCUUCUCACCCCCCCUGCCUGCCUAGGAAGCACAUCACCUCUGCGUCUUGUCUCUCUGCGCCCCGCUGCUGAGCGAGAUCAAUCAGACAGACAGAGCGGAUCUUCAAGGGGACAAUAUUCAUCAUCAUGAUCAAUAUCAACAUAUGGACCAAGCGAUAACGGAAUCAGCUCUGUUACUUUAGUAGAUUCUCUGCUUCCAGGCGCAUUAACGGGAUUCUGCCUCCGUCUCGGUGUCCUUGAGCUCGGCCUGUACAGUGAGUCAGUGGUUGCAGUCUGCUCUACCACUAGUCCUUCUCUCAACCCCCAACCCCUUCAUAAGCGAGACAAGAGAGAAGAGUGGAGUCGCCAAGGACACAGGGAGAAAGCUGGAGGCAGCCCUCAUCUCAGUCAGUUGUUUCUGAGAUGUUGCUGACUGGUCCCUGGUUAAAAUCUUGACCCCUGACCCUACUGGUUAGCUAAUGAAGUCUGUGUUUAAGACUUCUGUCUAAGAACUCUUGAAAGAAGAAGGAAGGACCAGCGCUUGGUGACUGGCUGAUGAGUGGGUGAAACCUCCCCAGAGAAGGAAAUAGAGACCACAGAGAGAGAAGAGGACCAAACCAGUCUGUCAGAAUGUCUACCACCGCCACCAUGGGAGAGAUGGCUAACAGUGCUGUUGAGUUCUACCCUAAAGGCCGGAGCCGAGGUGGGAAGGGGGAGGGUAACAAUGCUGUAGAGGGAGAUUUUGGGGUGACGGUGGAGGAGCUCAGGGACCUGAUGGAGCUCCGGGGAGGGGAGGCCAUUCAGAAGAUACAGGAGGCAUACGGAGACUCAGAGGGCCUGGCCACUAAACUGCUCACCAACACUAUUGACGGUCUGUCAGGUGACCAGGCAGACCUGGAUCGUCGUAGCAAGUCAUUCGGUCAGAACUUCAUCCCUCCUAAACAGCCCAAGACCUUCCUGGAGCUGGUCUGGGAAGCUCUUCAAGAUGUCACUCUUAUCAUCCUGGAGGUGGCAGCUAUCAUCUCCCUGGGCCUGUCCUUCUACCAACCCCCUGGAGAUGACACUGAGGCGUGUGGUAACGUGUCGGGAGGGGCAGAGGAUGAGGGCGAGGCUGAAGCCGGGUGGAUUGAAGGCGCCGCCAUCUUGCUGUCCGUCGUCUGUGUGGUCCUGGUGACGGCCUUCAAUGAUUGGUCUAAAGAGAAACAGUUCCGUGGGCUACAGAGCAGGAUAGAACAGGAGCAGCGCUUCGCCGUCGUACGGAAAGGAAACGUGAUCCAGAUCCCUGUAGCUGACAUGGUGGUGGGGGACAUGGCUCAGGUCAAAUACGGGGACCUGUUGCCAGCGGAUGGUAUCCUGAUCCAGGGAAAUGACCUGAAGAUUGAUGAGAGUUCUCUGACUGGGGAAUCAGACCACGUUGGGAAGACUGUGGACAAAGACCCUAUGCUGCUCUCUGGUACCCAUGUGAUGGAGGGUUCGGGUAGGAUGCUGGUAACAGCUGUGGGGGUCAACUCUCAGACUGGCAUCAUCUUUACACUGUUGGGGGCCGGAGAGGGGGAGGAGGAAGAGGAGGAGGAGGAUGACAAGAAGAAGAAGGGGAAGCAGCCCGAAGUGAUGGUGGAGAACAACCAGAAUAAAGCCAAGAAGCAGGACGAGGCUGUAGCCAUGGAGAUGCAGCCUCUGAAGAGUGCAGAGGGAGGAGAGGUGGAGGAGAAGAAGAGAGGCAACACCACAAAGAAAGAGAAGAGUGUUCUACAGGGUAAACUCACCAAACUGGCUGUGCAGAUUGGGAAAGCAGGCCUGGUGAUGUCAGCUAUAACAGUGCUCAUCUUGGUGUUGUAUUUUGUCAUCCAGACGUUCGUAAUAGAAGAUCGUGUGUGGCUAGCAGAGUGUACUCCAGUCUAUGUCCAGUACUUUGUCAAGUUCUUCAUCAUCGGAGUGACUGUGUUGGUGGUGGCUGUACCUGAGGGCCUGCCGCUCGCUGUCACCAUAUCACUGGCCUACUCUGUCAAGAAAAUGAUGAAGGAUAAUAACCUGGUCCGCCACCUGGAUGCGUGUGAGACGAUGGGGAACGCUACGGCCAUCUGCUCCGACAAGACCGGCACUCUGACCACCAACCGCAUGACUGUCGUACAGACCUUCCUAGGUGACCAGCACCACCGGUCAGUUCCGGAACCAAAACAGGUCAACCCCAAGACUCUAGAACUACUGGUCAACGCCAUCGCUAUCAACAGUGCCUACACAUCCAAGAUCAUGCCUGCAGACCAGGAGGGGGGUCUCGCUAAGCAGGUGGGGAACAAGACAGAGUGUGGCCUGCUGGGCUUCGUUCUGGACCUACAGCAAGACUACAGCGCUGUCCGAGACCGGGUCCCUGAGGAACAGCUGUUCAAGGUGUAUACCUUUAACUCGGUGCGUAAGUCCAUGUCCACGGUGGUCCAGCAACGAGACGGAUCCUUCAGACUCUACAGUAAAGGAGCUUCUGAGAUACUACUGAAGAAGUGUUCGUAUAUCAUGGACGUUCAUGGAAAGCCACGUAAUUUCAGACCCAGAGACAGGGAGGAGAUGGUGAAACAGGUGAUAGAGCCGAUGGCGUGUGAAGGGUUAAGGACGAUCUGUAUCGCAUUCCGAGACCUUCCAUCCAAUCCCGAGCCAGACUGGGACAACGAAGAGGUCAUCGUUACUCAGCUGACCUGUCUUACUGUGGUGGGCAUAGAGGACCCUGUACGACCUGAGGUGCCUGAUGCAAUUCGUAAGUGUCAGAAAGCGGGCAUCUGCGUAAGGAUGGUCACAGGAGACAACAUCAACACAGCCAGGGCCAUAGCAGCUAAAUGUGGCAUCAUCCAUCCUGGAGAAGACUUCCUGUGUAUCGACGGCAAGGAGUUCAACCGGCGAAUUAGGAACGAGAAAGGAGAGGUCGAGCAGGAGCGGAUCGACAAGGUCUGGCCUAAACUACGAGUCCUCGCUCGCUCCUCCCCCACCGACAAACAUACACUAGUCAAAGGCAUCAUGGACAGCACUGUGUUGGAGCUGAGGCAGGUUGUCGCGGUAACCGGAGACGGGACAAACGACGGGCCGGCACUGAAGAAGGCCGACGUGGGCUUUGCCAUGGGUAUAGCCGGUACAGACGUGGCCAAGGAGGCGUCUGACAUCAUAUUAACGGACGAUAACUUCAGUAGCAUAGUGAAGGCUGUGAUGUGGGGGAGGAACGUCUACGACAGCAUCUCCAAGUUCCUCCAGUUCCAGCUGACUGUCAACGUGGUGGCUGUCAUAGUGGCCUUCACUGGGGCCUGCAUCACACAGGACUCUCCUCUGAAAGCAGUCCAGAUGUUAUGGGUUAACCUCAUCAUGGAUACCUUCGCCUCUCUUGCCCUAGCAACAGAACCACCCACAGAGUCCCUGUUGCUACGUAAACCCUACGGCCGCAACAACCCUCUCAUCUCCUUGACGAUGUUGAAGAACAUCCUGGGUCACGGAGUCUACCAGCUCAUCAUUAUCUUUAGUCUCCUGUUUAUAGGAGAGCGUAUCUUCAACAUAGACAGUGGUCGUAAAGCUCCGCUCCACUCCCCUCCGUCAGAACACUACACCAUAAUUUUCAACACCUUCGUCCUCAUGCAGCUCUUUAAUGAGAUCAACGCCAGGAAGAUCCAUGGAGAGAGGAACGUCUUUGACGGAAUCUUCUCUAACCCCAUCUUCUGUUCCAUAGUGUUCGGAACCUUAGUUAUCCAGGUGGUGAUCGUUCAGUGGGGAGGCAAGCCGUUCAGCUGUGCUCCUCUCAGCGUGGAACAGUGGCUCUGGUGUCUGUUUGUUGGAGUGGGAGAACUACUCUGGGGACAGGUGAUCGCCACGGUUCCCAGCGACCAAUUACCAUGUCUGAAGGAGGCGGGGGCAGCGAUGGCGGCGGUGGAGGAAGAGGAAGAGAUGGACGAAGGAGACGAAGAGGGAGAGAUUGACUGUGCUGAGAGAGAGCUACGACGAGGACAGAUACUGUGGUGUAGAGGACUAAACCGCAUACAGACACAGAUGCGUGUAGUCAAUGCCUUCCGUACCAACGUGUACGAGACCCGAGAGAAAACGGAAUCACGGAACUCCAUCCAUAACUUCAUGGCUCACCCAGAAUUCCUGAUCAAUGACCUCAUCCAUAACAUCCCUCUGAUCGACGACACAGACAUCGACGAGGAGUCAGAGCUGAGUCGAUACCAGCACCACCUCCACCCUGCCCUCCGCAAGCCCCCUCCACCCCCCGCCCAGCCCCCGUCCUCCUCCCGCUCCCGCCCGCCAAGGCCCUACCGACAACACAGUCUCCCCGUCACCCCUACCAACAUAAACAACAAUGCAACACUGGUCACCUUUGGCAACACAAACAACAAGGCUGUUUCCCCAGGUAACCGGUGCAUCAAUUAUGAAGUUGCAACCAGAGCUACAACAGCGCUAGGGGUAACAGGCUCCUAGCCCCCUCCUCCUGUCCUCCUCUCCGUUGCUCUCCCGUCCUCCUCCUCUACUGCUUUCAGACAUCCUUAUAACUCAUGAACAGAUGCAGGGAGGAAAGGACAGACAUACGUACAGGCAGGAGGGGAGAGAGAGACAGGCUGACAGGGAGAAGAGACAAUAGACAGACAUUUUAAAGGAGAACAUUUUUUCACCAUCAAAGAGGAGGGGUGUAAAGGAGUCUAGGUUCUGACUGGAGGGAGAAGUUAAGCCCUUCCUUCCUGCUUCUUCUCUUAUCGCUAUUACCAGGCUACUUUACUACAGGAUAGAGGAGGAGUCAUCUGCUAUUACCAGGCUACUAUACUACAGGAGAGAGGAGGAGUGAUCUGCUAUUACCAGGCUACUAUACUACAGGAGAGAGGAGGAGUGAUCUGCUAUUACCAGGCUACUAUACUACAGGAGAGAGGAGGAGUGAUCUGCUAUUACCAGGCUACUAUACUACAGGAGAGAGGAGGAGUGAUCUGCUAUUACCAGGCUACUAUACCACAGGAGAGAGGAGGAGUGAUCUGCUAUUACCAGGCUACUAUACUACAGGAGAGAGGAGGAGUGAUCUGCUAUUACCAGACUACUAUACCACAGGAGAGAGGAGGAGUGAUCUGCUAUUACCAGGCUACUAUACCACAGGAGAGAGGAGGAGUGAUCUGCUAUUACCAGACUACUAUACUACAGGAGAGAGGAGGAGUGAUCUGCUAUUACCAGGCUAUUAUACCACAGGAGAGAGGAGGAGUGAUCUGCUAUUACCAGACUACUAUACUACAGGAGAGAGGAGGAGUGAUCUGCUAUUACCAGGCUACUAUACCACAGGAGAGAGGAGGAGUGAUCUGCUAUUACCAGACUACUAUACUACAGGAGAGAGGAGGAGUGAUCUGCUAUUACCAGGCUACUAUACUACAGGAGAGAGGAGUAGUGAUCUGCUAUGACCAGGCUACUAUACCAAAGGAGAGAGGAGGAGUGAUCUGCUGUGACCAGGCCACUAUACCACAGGAGAGAGGAGGAGUGAUCUGCUGUGACCAGGCUACUUUACCACAGGAUAGAGGAGGAGUGAUCUGCUAUGACCAGGCUACUUUACCACAGGAGAGAGGAGGAGUGAUCUGCUGUGAUUAGUACAACCAGGGGAGAACAGCUGCCUGCUCUUUCAAGGCCGAACGGGGCACUGCAGGCAAUGUUUUGAGACAGAAGGAUCCACCAAUAUAGUCAAUGGGAGUAUGACGAUCAUCGUGGUCAAGAUUUCUGGAUGUACCAUUUUUUCUAACACAAUCAUUGUACCAAUACUUGCUUCUAUUUCAAGAACUGAGCUAGCCUGCAGCGCCCUGGUCAGUCUUCAAGAGGGGGAAGAACUGAGCUAGCCUGCAGUACCCUGGUCAGUCUUCAAGAGGGGGCAGAACUGAGCUAGCCUGCAGUACUCCGGUCAGUCUUCAAGAGGGGGAAGAACUGAGCUAGCCUGCAGGACCCUGGUCAGUCUUCAAGAGGGGGCAGAACUGAGCUAGCCUGCAGUACCCCGGUCAGUCUAAAGAGGGGCAGAACUGAGCUAGCCUGCAGUACCCUGGUCAGUCUUCAAGAGGGGGAAGAACUGAGCUAGCCUGCAGUACCCUGGUCAGUCUUCAAGAGGGGGAAGAACUGAGCUAGCCUGCAGUACCCUGGUCAGUCUUCAAGAGGGGGAAGAACUGAGCUAGCCUGCAGGACCCUGGUCAGUCUUCAAGAAGGGGAAGAACUGAGCUAGCCUGCAGUACCCUGGUCAGUCUUCAAGAGGGGGCAGAACUGAGCUAGCCUGCAGUACCCCGGUCAGUCUUCAAGAGGGGGCAGAACUGAGCUAGCCUGCAGGACCUUGGUCAGUCUUCAAGAGGGGGAAGAACUGAGCUAGCCUGCAGUACCCCGGUCAGUCUUCAAGAGGGGGCAGAACUGAGCUAGCCUGCAGUACCCUGGUCAGUCUUCAAGAGGGGGCAGAACUGAGCUAGCCUGCACUACCCUGGUCAAUCUUCAAGAGGGGGUAGAACUGAGCUAGCCUGCAGUACCCCGGUCAGUCUAAAGAGGGGGCAGAACUGAGCUAGCCUGCAGUACCCUGGUCAGUCUUCAAGAGGGGGCAGAACUGAGCUAGCCUGCAGUACCCCGGUCAUUCUUCAAGAGGGGGCAGAACUGAGCUAGCCUGCAGGACCUUGGUCAGUCUUCAAGAGGGGGAAGAACUGAGCUAGCCUGCAGGACCCUGGUCAGUCUUCAAGAGGGGGCAGAACUGAGCUAGCCUGCAGUACCCCGGUCAGUCUUCAAGAGGGGGCAGAACUGAGCUAGCCUGCAGUACCCUGGUCAGUCUUCAAGAGGGGGUAGAACUGAGCUAGCCUGCAAAGCGUUUUUUUAUCCGCGCCAAACUUGAUGCAAAACCAUUGCCCACGAGUAACCUAGCAACAUUCAAAGCUGUGCUGACUGGUCAGAGUUCGGACCUUCCCUGAGAACGCUAGAGGGGGAGUCCCCGCGGACGAGAAGUUCUAAGUUUGCUCAUGCCUGCCAUGCCACUAGCAAACACUGUGGCCCCAUCCAACGAUACCCCCGGACAGGGCCAACCAGGCAGAAUAGAACCCCACCCACUUUGCCAAAGCACAGCCCCCACACCACUAGAGGCAUAUCAACAGACCACCAACUUCAAACCCUGAGACAAGGCUGAGUAACGCCCACAAAGACUGCAGUCCUUUCAUAAACACUUAACCACACUAAGUUAACCCAAGACACACUACUACACAGCUUCCGCCCAAUAGGCAUUGUAAGAUAGCGAUAACACUUUAUAUAAUUCACAGCUUACUUACCUCCCCCAACCCACCCCUGUCUCAGUCUCCAGUAUCUAUGCUGAUAUAGUCUAUGUGCCAGGGGACUAGGGUCAGUCUGUUAAACCUGGUGUAAUGCAACUUCAUAUCAGGGAACAACCAACUCUGACCGAUCAGCAUAGCUUUGAAUGUUGUCCACGUUUCUCGUGGGCGUGGUUUUGCACCAAGUUUGGCGUGGAUAAAAAGGAGACGUCACCUCCUAGUGUGGAUAAAACUGAGCAACGUUUCCAUGAAGCAAGAUUGCUCCACACUAACACAACACUUCCUGACUUUCAGACAUCACAUAGGGUGAAGUCAUCGAUGGCUCCGUCCAUUCUUUUUACACUCCAUGAUGAAACCACCACUACUACGGUUACUAUGACUACCAUCGUCAUCACCGUGGUUACUACUGCUGUGGUUUACGUAUACGCUUUAACUGUGUUCUAUAUUUAUUUAUGUUGUUUUGAUUUGAUUUGAUUUAUUGUCCUCAAAGAGGGGGGUUGUUUUCACAUUUCAUCUGAUUGAUUUAUUCCUACAAUAUUAUCUUUCUUUGUAUCACUCUUUUUCAUUAUUUUAGCAAUAUUUUUCUCUCUCUCUCUCGCUCUCUGUGUCUACGUGUAUUGUCUUGUCUGUCCUGAAAAAGAGAAACCAAUAUAUUUUUUAAACUAUACAGACAAGGAUAGGACCUAAUAGAAGUUAAUAGUAUAUCUGAACAAAAACCUACAGAAACAAGAAUCUAGAAAAAAGAAAAAAGAUCUAGAAGUUCUGGCAACACCAACCUCCCCAUAUCAUCCCCACGUCAUCUACUGAAGUUCUGGCAACACCAACCUCCCCAUAUCAUCCCCACGUCAUCAACUGAAGUUCUGGCAACACCAACCUCCCCAUAUCAUCCCCACGUCAUCAACUGAAGUUCUGGCAACACCAACCUCCCCAUAUCAUCCCCACGUCAUCUACUGAAGUUCUGGCAACACCAACCUCCCCAUAUCAUCCCCACGUCAUCAACUGAAGUUCUGGCAACACCAACCUCCCCAUAUCAUCCCCACGUCAUCUACUGAAGUUCUGGCAACACCAACCUCCCCAUAUCAUCCCCACGUCAUCAACUGAAGUUCUGGCAACACCAACCUCCCCACGUCAUCUACUGAAGUUCUGGCAACACCAACCUCCCCAUAUCAUCCCCACGUCAUCUACUGAAGUUCUGGCAACACCAACCUCCCCAUAUCAUCCCCACGUCAUCAACUGAAGUUCUGGCAACACCAACCUCCCCACGUCAUCUACUGAAGUUCUGGCAACACCAACCUCCCCAUAUCAUCCCCACGUCAUCUACUGAAGUUCUGGCAACACCAACCUCCCCAUAUCAUCCCCACGUCAUCUACUGAAGUUCUGGCAACACCAACCUCCCCAUAUCAUCCCCACGUCAUCUACUGACUUCUAACCCCGGGGCCCGGUUGCAUCAUCCGCUGACUUCUAACCCCGGGGCCCGGUUGCAUCAUCCGCUGACUUCUAACCCCGGGGCCCGGUUGCAUCAUCCGCUGACUUCUAACCCCAGGGCCCGGUUGCAUCAUCCGCUGACUUCUAACCCCAGGGCCCGGUUGCAUCAUCCGCUGACUUCUAACCCCGGGGCCCGGUUGCAUCAUCCGCUGACUUCUAACCCCGGGGCCCGGUUGCAUCAUCCGCUGACUUCUAACCCCGGGGCCCGGUUGCAUCAUCCGCUGACUUCUAACCCCGGGGCCCGGUUGCAUCAUCCGCUGACUUCUAACCCCGGGGCCCGGUUGCAUCAUCCGCUGACUUCUAACCCCGGGGCCCGGUUGCACAAAACAUUUUAAGGCAAAUUUCCCCCUUAAAUGAGAUGAAAAGGUUAAAGGUUAAAGGUUAAAGGUUAAGGGUGCCCAUGAGGUCCAGUACGUUCUGCAUUCAGUAUGGAUACCAAUGUAAACAGCAUUCAGUAUGGAUAUCAAUGUAAACAGCAUUCAGUAUGGAUACCAAUGUAAACAGCAUUCAGGAUGGAUACCAAUGUAAACAGCAUUCAGUAUGGAUAUCAAUGUAAACAGCAUUCAGGAUGGAUACCAAUGUAAACAGCAUUCAGGAUGGAUAUCAAUGUAAACAGCAUUCAGGAUGGAUAUCAAUGUAAACAGCAUUCAGUAUGGAUACCAAUGUAAACAGCAUUCAGUAGGGAUAUCAAUGUAAACAGCAUUCAGGAUGGAUACCAAUGUAAACAGCAUUCAGUAUGGAUAUCAAUGUAAACAGCAUUCAGGAUGGAUAUCAAUGUAAACAGCAUUCAGGAUGGAUAUCAAUGUAAACAGCAUUCAGUAUGGAUACCAAUGUAAACAGCAUUCAGGAUGGAUAUCAAUGUAAACAGCAUUCAGUAUGGAUACCAAUGUAAACAGCAUUUGAGGUGGUGAAUGUUGCUUUCCUCUGCCUGGUUUCAAAAGGAAAACCUCCACCAGCUAGCUUGGUAGCUAAACAAUGGAAUGUGCACAGGCCAUGGCUACAAAGCUAGCUACAGUAUACUGAACAAAAAUAUAAAUGCAACAUACAACAACUUCAAUGAUGUUACUGAGUUACAGCUCAUAUAAGGAAAUCAGUCAAUUGAAAUAAAUUCAUUAGGCCCUAAUCUUUUGAUGUCUCAUGACUGGGGAGCCAGGCCCAGCCAAUCAGAAUAUGUUUUUUUUUCUCCCACAAAAGGCUUUAUUACAGACAUAAAUACCCCUCAGUUUCAUCAGAUGUUGGGGUGGCUGGUCUCAGACGAUCCCGUAGGUGAAUACGCCGGAUGUCGAGGUCCUGGGCCGGCGUGGCUACACGUGGUCUGCGGUUGUGAGGCCGGUUGGACGCACUGACAAAUUCUGUAAAACGACGUUGUACGGCUUAUGGUAGAGAAAUGAACAUUCAAUUCACUGCCAACAGCUUUGGUGGAUAUUCCUGCAGUCAGCAGGCCAAUUGCACACUCCCUCAAAACUUGAGAUAUCUGUGGCAUUAUGCUGUGUUACAAAACUGUACAUUUUAGAGUGGCCUUUUAUUGUCCGCAGCACAAGGUGCACCUGAGUAAUGAGCGUGCUGUUUAAUUAGCUUCUUGAUAUACCACACCUGUCAGGUGGAUGGAUUAUCUUGGCGAAUGAGAAAUGCUCACUAACAGUGAUGUAAACAAAUGAGUGCACAAAAUGUGAGAGAAAUAAUAUUUUUAUGCAUAUGGAACAUUUCUGGGAUCUUUUAUUUCAGCUCAUAAAACAUGGGACCAACA